AUGUUGGCACUGAACAGCAGCCAUAUUCCAGCAACAUUCAUCUUGGUGGGCUUCCCUGGUCUGGAAGCCAUCUAUGGCUGGAUCUCCAUUCCAAUCUGCUUGAUGUUUAUCAUAUCAUUUGGUGGGAAUGGGUUAAUUCUUCAUGUGAUAAUCAGAGACUACAAACUCCACCAGCCAAUGUUCAUAUUCCUCUCCAUGCUGGAAGUCACUGACAUCCUCUUCUUGCUUUCUACAUGUCCAACGAUGCUAAGUAUUUUCCUCUUCAACUACCAGAUCAUUAGAUCUGAAGCUUGUCUCUUACAGAUGUUCUUCAUCCACGUACAGGCCAUAAUUCAGUCCUCAGUAUUGGUAGCUAUGGCCUUUGACCGAUUUGUAGCCAUCUGUCAGCCUCUAAGAUACACUUCCAUUCUUAGCAAUUCUGUAAUAACCAAGGUUGGCUUGUUCUCUGUCCUCCGGGGUACUCUGAUCCAUGUCCCACCAGUGACUAGCCUCCUCUUUCUGCCAUAUUGCAAAGGCAAUCUUCUGUCCUAUUCAGUCUGCGUGCAGCAGGACGUUAUGAAGUUGGCCUGUGAUGGAACCAAUACCUUCAACAUCAUGUAUGGCCUUGCAGCCAUCCUCUGCACAGUUGCUUUGGAUUUGGCACUUAUUAUACUAUCUUACAGCCUCAUAAUUAGAGGUGUGCUUGAUGUUACCUCAGAAAUGGAGCAGAAGAGGUUAUUUAACACAUGCGCCUCUCAUCUCUUAGCUGUUAUCUCUUUCUAUGCUUCUAACCUGGCAUCAACUGUAUCAAACAGAUUUGGAAUUCAGAUGAAUCCAGUAUCUAAAAGUGUUGCGGCCAAUACUUUAAUAUUUGUUUCCCCCCUGCUGAACCCCAUCAUUUACAGCAUCAAGAACAAACAGAUCCGCGACAGCUUGUAUCAAGUGUUCCACAAACAUAAGAUAGGUUUCUAA